GUGUGCAGUGGAAUAUACAGUCAUCAGACUAUGACCAUGGAGCCAACUGUCCUGCUCAUCCUCACUCUUCUCACCAGCUUUUUGCUACUCCUGGUCAGGGGCCACACAAAAGCCUGUGGCCAGCUACCACCAGGACCACGUCCCCUGCCCCUGUUGGGGAACCUCCUGCAGAUGGACAGAAGAGGCCUCCUCAACUCCUUCAUGCGGCUUCGAGAAAAAUAUGGAGAUGUGUUCACAGUGCACCUGGGACCAAGGCCUGUGGUCAUGCUGUGUGGGACAAAGGCCAUAAGGGAGGCUCUGGUGGACCAAGCUGAGGCUUUCUCUGGCCGGGGCACAGUUGCUGUGGUUGAGCCAGUUCUACAGGGAUAUGGUAUGAUUUUUGCCAAUGGGGAACGCUGGAAGGCCCUUAGGCGAUUCUCUGUGGCCACCAUGAAGGACUUUGGGAUGGGGAAGCGAAGUGUGGAGGAGCGGAUAAAGGAGGAGGCCCAAUAUCUGGUAGAGGAGCUGCAGAAAUUCCAGGGAGCCCCCAUGGACCCCACCUUCCUCUUCCAGAGCAUCACAGCCAACAUCAUCUGCUCCACUGUCUUUGGAGAGCGCUUUGACUACAAAGACUGCCAGUUCCUUCACCUGCUGGACCUGAUCUAUCAGACCUUCUCACUAUACAGCUCAUUCUCCAGCCAGGUGUUUGAACUCUUCUCUGGCUUCCUGAAGUACUUUCCUGGUGCCCACAAGCAAAUCUUCAAAAACAUGCAGGAAGUCCUCUACUACAUUGGCCAGAGUGUGGAGAAGCACAGGGCAACCUUGGACCCCAGCAAUCCAAGAGACUUCAUCGAUACCUACCUUCUACGCAUGGAGAAGGAGAAGUCCAACCCACAUACGGAGUUCCAUCACCAGAACCUCAUCAUCUCCGUGCUGUCUCUCUUCUUUGCUGGCACUGAGACCACCAGCACCACGCUCCGCUAUGGCUUCCUGCUCAUGCUCAAAUAUCCCCGUAUUACAGAGAAAGUCCAAAAGGAGGUCGAUCAGGUGACUGGCUCACACCGCCUACCAACCCUUGACGAUCGCACCAAAAUGCCUUACACUGAGGCUGUCAUCAAUGAGAUUCAGAGAUUUUCAGAUCUCGCCCCGAUUGGUGUACCACACAAAGUCACCAAAGACACUUUGUUCCGAGGGUACCUGCUCCCCAAGAACACUGAAGUGUACCCCAUCCUGAGUUCAGCUCUUCAUGACCCACAGUACUUUGAACAACCAGACACCUUCAAUCCUGACCACUUCUUGGAUGCCAAUGGGGCACUGAAGAAAAAUGAAGCUUUUAUGCCCUUCUCUAUAGGAAAGCGCAUUUGUCUUGGUGAAGGCAUUGCCCGCAACGAAUUGUUCCUUUUCUUCACCACCAUCCUCCAGAACUUCUCUGUGUCCAGUCCUGUGGCUCCUGAGGACAUUGACAUCAGUCCCAAGGAGAUUGGCUUCGGCAAAGUGCCCCCAACAUACCAGAUCUGCUUCUUGGCCCGCUGACUGGGCUGUGGUGGCCAGGUCUCCCCGCUCCUGUUGAGAAUGGCCCCAUCUUUCUGCCUCUGAGAAACCUGCUGGACUCCAGGUCCUGGGUCACUGCUCACUUCCUUCCUCCUUCCUGUAACUUCUGCAAAGCUGGAGAUGUGUUCUUCCGCCCUGUGAAUGACACUGGAGAAAUCAAACAAAUGUCUUUCUAGAAGUAUGAACAAAGAGACUUCUGGAGGCCACAUCUCAUACUAAGUCACUCCCAAUAGCCAUAGUCCCCAUGUAUCAACUCCCGGUGAUCCAUGAUCUAUGCUGAUGAACUCUGUAUAUGGUUGAAUUCUUUGUCUCUGGACUUGCCUAAUAUGUAUGUAUGGUUCAUGUCAACAGAAUCACAUAGUGUGUCA